AUGGAUGGCAUCAGCUGCACCGACGAGAGCACCACCAGCAGCGACUCCCCCUCCAUCUCCCCGCCCCUCCGUUUGCCCCCCGCCAAGCCCUCCCCGCCCCCUCCGGGGAGCCUGUGCCGCGUCGGCAGCGGGGCCAGCGCCGUCCUCGACCCCGCGCCGGACGGCGGCGCCGAGGCCGAGUCCCACAAGAAGCUCCCCUCCUCCAAGUACAAGGGCGUCGUCCCCCAGCCCAACGGCCGCUGGGGCGCCCAAAUCUACGAGAAGCACCAGCGCGUCUGGCUCGGCACCUUCAACGAGGAGGGGGACGCCGCCCGCGCCUACGACAUCGCCGCCCAGCGCUUCCGCGGCCGCGACGCCGUCUCCAACUUCAAGCCCGAGGGCGCCGAGGACCCCGCCGAGGCCGCCUUCCUGGCCAAACACUCCAAGGCCGAGAUUGUCGACAUGCUGCGCAAGCACACGUACCGCGACGAGCUCGAUCAGAGCAAGCGGAGCUACGCGGGCUCCGCCGCGGAGCGGGCCGGGUACGGGCCCGGCCUGACGGAGGGGGCGGCGGCGGCCCGGGAGCAGCUGUUCGAGAAGGCCGUGACGCCGAGCGACGUGGGGAAGCUGAACCGGCUGGUGAUCCCGAAGCAGCACGCGGAGAAGCACUUCCCGCUGCCGGGCGGACCGGCGGCGACGCUCAAGGGCGUGCUGCUCAACUUCGAGGACGUCGGCGGGAAGGUCUGGCGGUUCCGGUAUUCGUACUGGAACAGCAGCCAGAGCUACGUGCUCACGAAGGGCUGGAGCCGGUUCGUGAAGGAGAAGAGCCUGAAGGCCGGCGACACCGUCUGCUUCCAGCGGUCGGCCGGGCCGGAGAAGCAGCUCUACAUCGACUUCAAGCCGCGGAGCAAGUCGCCGGCGGGCCUGGCCGCGCAGCCCGUGCAGAUGGUGAGGCUGUUCGGGGUGAACAUAAUGGAAGUACCCUAUUGCGGUGGGAAGAGAAUGAGGGAUGUGGACUUGCUGUCGUUCGAGUGUAGGAAGAAGCAGCAGAUGGUGGUUGGUGCUUUGUAGCAUCAUCUACAUCUUUCCAUCUUCGAUCUUUUUUCGUUGAAUUUCUUGCUUUAGGUUUUGAAUUUUUUUUUCUCCCUAGCUGUUGCCAUGGCUUGUGAAUUAUGUUGAGGGGAAAGAGAUGGGGUUAUGUUGUAGAUCCACAUCAAUUGUAUAUUCUUACAGGAUAGAUGUUGGAGCGGCAAAAAAGAAGAAAAAGCUAAAAAAAAAAUUAAGUGCAACGAAGGAAAAAGUUACUGGAAAAUAGAAAUAAUCAAACGGUGAGGUUACUCCGUUUUAA